AUGUCCAUGCAUCUUCCAGUUAUGCCGAACAGUCUCAAUUUCGCAGCGCAACCCUCAACGCCAUCCUUCAAUAACGGGUGUACGAUGGUCUCGCCCAAUCCGUCUGCGAGAAGCUCCUACCCCGACCUUGAUGUCAUCCACGUCUGCCUGGACCUGCCCACGGCCCUCGCCGAGCUCCCGCAGCUCUUCUCGCCCAUGCCCACCAACACCAGCACCGGCGAGACCACCAACCCCACAGCCACCCCCCUCGCCCGAUCGUCACCACCAUCGCCGCCGCUGCCAGCCUCAGGCGUCGGCAGCAACAGCACCCACCUGCGCCCAAGUUCCGCCACCCCCCGCCCCACCAAGCGCCCCCAGGCCGUCCUCUUCAGCCAUAAGUUCACGCGCGACGAGGCCCACGCCGUCACCGACGACGUCCUCGGCGCCACCGGCGGCCCCUACUACACUACACACCUUCUCUUGCCGCCCCAGGGAGGAGGUGCAUCACCCUGUCUGGACAAAGGUUGA